UAAGUAUGAUUGUGCAAGCUUCUAUUUACCUUUAACCUGCGGGUGUUACUCCAGAAUUUCUAUUCUAUACUAUUCAGCUUUUAUUUUGAAAUUUCACGCCUAUGUUUCACGCACGAGGCGGAGUUCUGAGAGGGUCGGUUCGCUUCUGCUGAGCUGCGAAAGGGACACACACUCCAUUCCGCUCCAUUUAAGUGUUUUGUUGGUCAUCUGGACGGAACCGAAGCACGAGAGGGUGAACAACAUUCGGUAAAAAUGUGAAUACAAAUUCCACUGAAAUUAACUGUGUCCAAAGAGACAGUAAACAUGGACUCUAAUGGGAACAACACCAAGAAGAAGUUGUGGUUCUGCGGUCUCCUUUGGUGGUCGCUCCUGCUCGAACUGUCGUCUGGAGCUUCCUUCUUUGGGGAUGGCUUCAUACAGCUUAAGGCAACAGAAUCGUCCGACCAUAACAUUCUCCAUGUUCGUUUCCGGACCUCCAGCACAAACGGCCUGAUGUUUCUCGCUGCUGGCCAGGCCAACUACUUCUUGCUAGAGCUCCAUGCUGGUCGCCUGCAGGUGAGAUUGGAUCUUGGAUCAGGGGAGCAGGUUUUAGAGUCAGAGCGAGGGGUCCAGCUCAACGAUUUGGCCUGGCACUCAGUGGAAGUCCACCAUGUGCAGCUAAAUGUCACACUGACUGUCGACAAAAACUCUCAUACAAGUGUAAAGAUGCCUGGCUCUCAUCACCAUCUCCACAUUAAAGAUGGUCUUUAUGUUGGAGGCUCAGGAGGUUUGGACAAAAUCUACCUUCCCAGAAACUUAAUCGGCUUCCGAGGCUGCUUGGAUGAGGUAGUGUUCAAUCAACAUGACUUGGUGUCAUCACUGAGGCCGUACACUGGAUACAAAAACAUUUAUGAAGUCUCUUUAGGCUGCAGUCCCCAGUUCUUUGCUACUGAGGAAGAGCCUAUUAGUUUUUUCAGUUCCAGAGCCUAUUUAUCCCUUCCAACUUGGAAUCAUCAUCAUCAUCAGGCUGCAUUUGAGUGUGUUUUGCACACCUCAGCCAAUGAGGGUGUAAUCCUCUACAGUUCAGCCAGGGAUGGAGGCUUUGUGGCUCUGGAGAUACAGGAAGGUUUUCCAGUUGCUGUUGUAGGGAAAAAUGGAGUCAAAACCGAACUACAUUCUCAAACAUCCAUCAAUGACAGAAAAUGGCAUUCUCUCAAGUUGCAUUUUAGUUCCAGAAACCUUGAGCUAACUGUGGACAAAGAAUUGGUGAAGAGUAGCAUUAGUUCUCACUCAAAGAGGCUUCAUCUUAAAGGUUUUCUUUAUGUUGGAGGUAUUGAUGAUGGUACCAGGUUAGAGGUCAGAAAGGUAGGUCUUGCCUCUGUAUCAGGAAGGCGUGCCAGAGGAGGUUCCUUCAAAGGAUGUUUAAGGAACAUUGAAAUAAACAGAGUAAAGAUGGGUCUCUCUAAUGCAGUAGUCACCAAAGAUAUUUCAGUAGGUUGUGAACCAGAAAAACUGCCAGAGGAAUCAACCCAUGUUAGUCCUACAAUUACACCAAGAUCAGUUUUGUAUUUUGUAACUCCAACAUCAUCUCUUCAGAUGUCCACCCUUGCAGUUGGUUUGGACAAAAGGUACGGCUUAGAUUUUGUGCAUUUCAAAAAUCUUGUUGUCCAGGAAGGUGGUCGAGCCUCUCUUGACGCCAAACAUAUCAAGGUAUUCCUGGACUUCAAGGCACUUGGCAUUCGGCAAUCUCAAAUUAUGUUUAGAAUUGAAGAGCAGCCAGUUAGAGGUCAGAUAAGACUUGAUGUUGAUGACGAGCAAGAGGAGAACACCUUUGGCAUGUUGGAUCUUUGGCAUGGAAGAGUGAUGUAUGUCCAUGGAGGUUCUGAGGAGCCAGAUGACUUCAUCAUGUUCUCAAUAUAUUGUAAUAGCAGAAAACUGGUUCCCGAUUAUCUGAAAAGCAGCAAAUUAUAUCGCUACAACAUAACUGUGACACCAACUAAUGAUGCACCUGAAUUAAGCCUCCCUGAAGGAAAUCUCUUUGUCAUAUUGGAAAGAUCUAAGAAACAUCUCACCACAGAGGUUUUGAAAGUAACAGACAUAGACAGCAAUUACACAGACCUUGUAUUCUCAGUACUAGGAAAUCUGAAUGCUGAUGCAGGCUAUUUGGAACUAGAGGGCAACCCAGGCAAGGCAGAGACUUCAUUUUCAUAUGUUGACCUAGAUGAAAUGAGGGUGUAUUAUGUCCACACGGGUGUGAGAAACUCAAGGAUAGCUCUGAGAGUUAGCGAUGGAGACAAGGUCAGCAACACUGUGGUUUUAAGGAUCAUGGCCAUAGUGCUGGAGUAUGAGAUUGCCAACAACACUGGUCUUGAGCUCACUCAAGGAGAAACUGCUAUUAUUAGUUCAAAGCAGUUGGCCGUGCAAACCAAUGCAAUGAAACAAACUGUAGACAUUCGCUAUGAUAUCAUUGAACCACCACAGUUUGGAGAACUCCAGAGACUUCACUCAAGCGGUGAAUGGAGGCACACGGAGUCAUUCUCGCAAAGACUUCUUGAGAAAGAGCGCCUUAGGUAUGUUAGUACCUUUCAAGACAUCCAGACCUCAAAUAUCAGUGAUUACUUUAAAUGCAAGGUUAAUGUGGCUGCAAGAGCAAACACUGAAAUAAUUUUCCCAAUUGCUGUUAAGUGGGUGAGGUAUCAUUUGGCAAGGAAUGUCAUGAUAAAUAUGGAUAAAGUUAGAAAAGUGACUCUAAGCUCAGAGUGCCUUGUAGCAAGAGCUGAUGGUGUCAGCCUCUCAGAUGAGGAACUUUAUUUUCGGGUCCUCACUACACCAAAGAAAGGAAAACUCCUGCUUGACUCCACAGUCUUGAUGAAGAACUCAACCUUUAGCCAAAGGGAUCUAUCAGAUGAAAGAGUCCAUUAUGAGCUGGUUGACAGACCUUACGAAGACACAAUGGACAGAUUCAAAUUUCAGCUGAUCUCCAAACAUGCUCAGUCUGAAAAUUAUGAUUUUCAGUUUUCAAUCAAAGCCGAUAUCAACACUGUGUUUAUGAAAAAUGAAGGCCUCUCGCUUCAGGAGGGAGAGAGCAAACUCAUCACCAAAGAUGAGCUCUUUGCAGAGACUUUAAGCACAAGGGACAUGUUCUACACUGUCAUAAGCAGUCCUAAACAUGGAAGGCUGGCACGCAUUAGUCAGUCAAAUUCCAAUGCCAGCUAUGAUAACAUCUUGACCUUCAGUAAUCAGGAUAUAAUGCAGGAGCGAUUAAUGUACAUCCACGAUGAUAGUGAAACUACACAAGAUGAUUUUGCUUUUAUAGCCUCUACUAACCAAGGGUUCAAAUCUUCCAUUUCGGAUAACGAAGUUGGCUCCAAAGAAGGAACAUUCAACAUCACGGUUCAGCUAGUGAAUGAUGAGAAACCGAUUCGAAUCAUUGAUAAAGUUUUCCAUGUUGUAAGAAAUGGACAGAAGCUACUCACUACAGAGGAUUUGCUUUAUCACGAUAACGACUCUGAUUUUGAUGACGGCCAGCUGAUCUACACCCGGCGUGGAAUCCCAAUGGGAGACCUUGUGCUGGUCAAUGACACGACUCAUCGGCUGUUUCAGUUUGCACAGAAGGAUUUGGAGGAGAAGCGGGUGUUGUUCAUUCACAAAGGUGCUAGUAUUGGCAGGUUUGUUCUCUUUGUGUCAGAUGGAAAAAAUUUCGUGUCAAGUCUCUUAGAUGUUAGUGCUCAUGACCCUUUCCUGAAGGCUGACAACAACACAGGUCUGUUGGUUCAGAAAGGACAGUCGGUAAUGUUUACCACCAACAAUUUCAGCAUCGUAUCAAAUAUGGAUAUCCGGGAUGACCGGGAGGUCAUUAUUAAGUUGGAGGAGCCUCCGAGAUAUGGCAGUAUUUAUCGUAAUAAAACAAAGGUUGAGUCAUUCACUCAGUCGGACCUAAAGGAUGGGUUAAUCUCCUACAGCCACGAUGACAGCAAACACCUGGCAGACCAUUUCAACUUGACUGUGAAAGCUAAAGUUCUGCAAAUUACAGAGAGAGUUAAUGUGAAGGUUUAUCUUGAAAGUCAUCAGAGGCCACCCAUCAUACAGCAUCAGGAGACUUUACUGGUGGAGGAGGGAAAACCAGUAAAGAUUGAUGAGACUAAACUGGAGGUCACACACGAGGACAACCUGCCAUCUGAGAUUGUGUUUGCAGUCAAAGUAGCUCCGUCUCAUGGCUUUCUCCGGCGCUUUUUCGAAGCCGAUGAGCGCUACAUCGGAACCAAACAGUCACCUGUCAAGAUGUUUACCCAGGAUGACAUUAACAAAGGGAACAUUCAGUAUGUUCAGGUGGAGCCAAACAAGGUAAACGACACCUUUGUCCUGGAUGCCACCAAUGGAAUCACCGAUGUCAGCAACAUCAGGAUAAGUGUUGACAUCAUCCCACUGCUCAUUCCUCUACACGUCACCAAUUUCACCAUUAAUGAGGGUGCCUCAAAAGCACUGACAGAGGAUGUACUUAAAGUCACCAAUAGACACUUUUCUGGAUUGAACUUCUUUUAUAAUUUGACAAAGCCCCCUCUCCAUGGUCACAUUGAGCACUCUCGACAUCCUGGUGUGCCUAUAACUACUUUCACCAGGAGACAGGUGGAACAUGAAUUUAUUUACUAUGUCCAUGACAGCAGCGAAACCUUAGUUGAUAAUUUUACGGUGGAAGCCAACGACACAGGCUUGAGGAAGCACAGUGCCGCCCAGACGGUUUACAUCGAGCUUACAGCUGUUAAUGAUGAGUCUCCUGUCAUUACCACCAACAGGGUCCUCAGGGUGUGGGUGUCAUCAAUCACAGAAAUCAGACCAGAGGAUCUUAGAGCCGAGGAUCUUGAUACACCAGCAGAUGAGCUACAAUUCAUGGUCACCCCACCCAGCAAUGGACACCUGGCCCUUAAAAGCAACCCCAUGAAAGCAGCGUUGAACUUCACACAGGCCCACAUAGAGCAGGGGCAGCUGCUGUUUGUCCACAAAGGAGCCAUGUCUGGGGGAUUUAACUUCCAAGUCAAUGAUGGUGUGAAUUUUACUCCCAGGCAGAUCUUCAGCAUCACCGCCAAAGCUUUAGUUGUGAAUUUGGAGAAAAACCGCCCACUCAAGGUGUUUCCUGGAUCUUCCAGCCCGAUCACCAAUGAUGAUUUACAGGCUGUGACCAAUGACAUUGGAAGCACCUCUAACCGCACCAUUAUGUUCAAUGUGAUUCGCCAUCCUAAACUGGGACGCUUGGUGAAGAGGCAGCUUGAUAACUCUACUGUAGAGAUCUCAACUUUUACACAAGAUAUGGUGAACAGAAAGGAAGUCAUCUACAUUCAAACACCCAUUGAGUCAGUGGGCUGGGAAGCUAUGGAUUCAAUUACUUUUUCUGUAUCAUCACCGCCUGCCUCUAUAGAUGGUCAGACUUUCAAAAUAGACAUCUCCUAUGAAAAUACAGGACCUGAACACAAUACAGUACUCCUCAAAAACACAGGUGCUGAGGUGGCAGAAGGGGAGAGUGUUGUCAUAGAUGAAUUCAAGCUGGAUGCCUCCAACCUGAUGUCAAAGCUGUCCUCGCCGCAGCGGAGCUCCCAUGAGGUCUGGUUUCAGGUGACUGAUCUUCCCCAACAUGGUGUUAUCGUGGUAGGUGAGAGAAAUCUCACCAAAGAGAAACCAAACUUCUCCCAGUUCAUCGUCACCAAAUACGGCAUCAUUUACAGCCAUGACAACUCUGAGACGACUCGUGAUUCUUUUGUGUUCAGUGCUUGGCUGAACCCAAAAGGCAGGACUGCCCAACGGCCUGAAGAUGAGAAGGAUGUUGUUGUUGAGCGUUUUAACAUCACAGUCAGGCCUGUGAACGAUCAACCACCUGUGCUAAAAACUAAAACUCCAGGUCUAAAAGUGGUACAGGGAGACAAGGUAGCUAUCGGGCCUGAGGAUCUCAGAGUCGAAGACUUGGAUGAUGCUCCAGAGGAUAUUACAUUCUCUGUUAUUAGCAAACCAAGCAACGGUUACAUAGCUCUGCAAGGAGGUUUGAAUGAGUCAGUAGUUUCCUUCACUCAAGCUCAAAUCAACAGCAGAAGUGUGUAUUUUAUCCAUGAUGGAAGCUCUGCCUCAGGUGUGUUUUACUUCAGUGUUACAGACGGACAUCACAAACCGGUAUAUAAACUUUUUAACAUAGAUGUGUCAGAGAUUACCGUCACUCUACUCAAUUACACUGGAUUGUCACUGCAACAAGGGAGGACUGUAGUACCUCUAACCCAGGACAACCUUGCAGCAGAGACAAAUGGCAAAAGCGCUACCAUUCGCUACAUGAUUACAAAACCUCCCACCUUUGGCAAAAUUCUGAAAGAAAAUCAGGAAGUUGCACAUUUUACACAAGAGGAUCUUCGGACUGGAAGCUUGGCCUAUCACAUGAUCUCGCUGUCCUCUACAGAGGACAGCUUUGAGUUUACUGUCUUCACUUCUGAGGCAAAUCUUACCGGUCAAGUCCUUAAUGUGACAGUCAGACCUCUGAUCCAUGUUGGCCAAGGAUUGAAAAUUCCCAAUGGGAUCACUGUCAGGCUCAACACUAGCUUUUUUAAUGCCUCUGAACUGGCUGCUGUAAGUGACAAUGACCCUGUCUUUGACAUUUUGUGCCAUCCCAAGUACGGAAAGGUGCUUCAGACAAGUUCUAAAAGGUCCAGGAAGUUUGUCCCAGCUGCAUCCUUCACAUUUCAGGAAGUGGUGCAGCAGAAAGUUGCAUUGGAGCUGAAUGCCAACAUGACUGGAGUAGAGGAGCUGAAUGAUUCCCUUGUUUUUGUGCUGAAGGCUGAUAAUGUCCAACCUGCUAAAGGGGAAUUCCACUUUACAGUAGUCCCAUAUGACCCAGCUGUUUUUCCAACCACAAAAAGCCCAGUCCUGACCACGUCACCCAGUCCUCAGACACCAAUCAAGAUUUCUAGGAAUGGAACCGUCUCCCCAGUCCCAUCUACAGUUCUCCAUUCCACCCACCAACCAAGCAAAAAUCAGCAAAAAUUCAGGGACCGUAACCGCUGGGGGAACUCGAACGGAACUAGUUUUUUCAGCACAACACUUGGGAAGCCGCCUCGAACGGAGGAGUUUCCCUUUAGGAACACACCGGUCCGUGUGGAGUCCUACCCUCAGAAAACCUCCAACCCACUCCUCAUCAUCCUGCCACUUCUGGCCCUCCUGCUGCUCAUAAUCAUCUUUGUAGUUGUGGUCGUCUAUUUUCGACACCACAGACAAACGAAGCAGAACACCUCUUCACCUCAGGGGAAUCCUCCCACUGUUUCACCCAGCAGUGAAUCCCACAACGACCUAACCCAGAGGAGCACCACAGUUCCCACUGUUACUGUCACUCCUUUAAGUCCCUCCUACCCUUCCAGCCCUGUGCUUAGUAGGUUUUUGCCACCGAACCAGGCUUCCCCUUAUGACACAGCUCACUCAAAUGUACUCGUCAGUUCUUGGAGUAACGGUUCUCUAGAACCAACUUCCCAAAUUAUUCACACCGUCACCCCAACUUUGCAGAAGAAUCAGUACUGGGUAUGAAGACAGUGAUUGAUGCAAGAUAAUGUUGCUACAUGUUUAUGUAGUGAAUGAAUGGUACAAUUGAUCACUUACUGUUGCAGUUACUUGCUAUAGAUAUUUGGAGCUGUUUUGACCCAUUGUGUGCUUUGUUCCAUUAAAUGGAGAACUGUAUGUUACUAUCUAUCAGUUUAACUCUCAUGAGCUCCCUUUCUGGAAGGCAGCAGCUGCUGAAAGAGGAAAGAAACAGCUUUUAUAAAGUGUUUCUUUUUUUGUUUAACAGGUCUUUUAUAGUUAGAAACCUGCUAAUGUUCAUGGCAGAGAAAGUUUUCCCAAAAUAAUAAGUCACCAGCAAUCUUUAGGCAAGACGUCAGUAUUGUCUGAAGACUUGUCUAUACACGUUAGUGCCAAGGUUUUGCUGUGCAAACACUACUGAAGUGAGCAGCUGGCUUUAGAAGAAAAUGAGAUGUUCCCAUUUUAUUGAUGGAUGCUAAAUCAUGACCUUAAAGAUUACCCUGUGCCCAGGACUGCUUGUGCAUGGAUGUGGCAAAUUUUGGGGAAAUAAUCCCCAAAAUAAUCCCCAGGUGCAGCACAUUUGACACUUAUUGGCGCUUCGGUUUGAGAAGUGUAUAAAUAGCAUAAUCUGAUACUAUUAACAUUUAGACCAAUGCACCAUUUUAUUAAAACACCUUUUAAAAGUCAGGGGGAGGACCUUGCAUCAGGAAAAGCUUGUGUUCAGCAGUCAUCAGUGGGACAAUUACUGGUACGUCCAACAGUUCCUUUAAGAUGAAUUUUGUGAUAGCUUUUUCAGAUUGUUCCUCUUUAAAUUUAAUUAGAAACUUCCUAUUAAUCUUGCUUCCCUGGUGUAAAAAUAUGACAUGACAGAGACUUAUCUCAUUUAGAAACUGGCUAUUAUGUCUUACCAUCGCAGACAUUGAGGAAGUUAAUAAGAGAUCUCAAAAGCUCACUUAAAGUGGCAACUUGGGAACUGUGUGCUCCGAUCAAAUAAGACUUAAAACUGACCUUAACAUCUGGCAUAAAACGCAGGAUCAUAUGUGGGAAGCACCUCAUCUCUAUGAAGCAUGGUGGAAAACCUGUGAUGCUGUGGUGCUCUUUUUUUCCAAGUAGUUUAAAAAUCAGCAUUGCAACAUGAACUCUUUAGUACAUUUUUUUUUUUUUUAAAUAAAGGCUGUGCCCUAGUGAAUAAAACUGAAAAUAGAUCAUUUUUGAGCGUUUAAGCUGGAACCAGUUUAUUCAGAACAUGAAAAAAUCAACACAGGAAAAGUUCAAACUUAAAGAAAAUCUGGGAUGAUUUGAAAAGAAUCCAGAUCCUUCACGAUAUGCUCCAACCUUUAUUAAGUUAUUUUGUGCACUUGGUGAAAGAGGGUUUGUAUAAAAUAAUACCAUCAACAUAACAGUUGAUUUUGUAAAAUGUUUAUUAAAGUGAGAUUAAAUAAAUUAAAUUAAGAGUUUAACUUUUCUAACUUUCACAGUGUAGGAUCAGGCUGUUGCAAUAAAAGAAGAGUUUAUUAUAAGCCCAUUUACCCAUUUUUACCAGAGGUGCCGAUAAGUAAGGACAACAUUGUACAUUGAAUGAAACAGAUUUCAGUGUUUUUCUUCAGUUUAGUCACUCACUGAAAACCUACAUGUACCUUUUCUUUAUGUCGGGAAGAAAUGAGACAUUUAUGGAUUUAAAUAUUAGAGAGGGAGAUUAGCAUGAUAACAACUGUGAAUUACUGAAGCUGGCAUAAAAUGUAUGGUCAAAAUAUUUCAAUCGAUUGUUUAGAUUUAUAUCAUUUCUAUGCAUUAUACAAGUAUAUAAAAGUAUAGUUUAUUUUGUUAUCUCAGGAAUUUUUUUAACACAAAGUGUGCGCUACAUUUAUCAAACGCAGCAUGUAGUCAGUAAUCAUUGAAGCCUACAUAACAUAAUUGGCAGGUUUUUGCAGGUUCUUUAACUUAAGUAUGCCCAUUAAUGUGGUUUUACACAGUUUUUACCUCUUUCUAAAGCAUUUAGGCACUGACCAUAUCCUGCAGAUUUAACCUCAUAGCACUAUAUUCCUAUUUAAAAAUAAAUAUCAAAGUAUGAUCCACAACUGGUACAUAAUCUUUACAUGUGGGGUUUUAUUUUUCUGUUAUAGAAAAGGAUGUUUUAUUUAAAUGAACAAAACUACUGAAACGUCUUGGCUAGAGAAAGCGGAAAGAAGCUUUUGAUGACUGAAAGGAGCUCUUGUUUCAUCUUAUUUUAUUAAAGUCAGGAUAAAUUGUCAAGUCAUGAACGUUCUUUUCUGCGGAUGAACUCUGACCGCUGUAAACAAGCGGUACUGCUGUGAUCUGCUCUAAGGUGAAUUGUGAAUUUUUGGGGAAAAGAAACCACUGCAAGUAUAUUAGUCGUGAAAUAAUUUUGUACUGAAAAGAAUCACUUGUGUCCCAGUCUAAUCUAAGUGUUAAAUUUUAAUUUGUAACAGAAGUGUUGUAUUUAUUUAUACUGUAUUUUUUAAUAAAUCACUUUAAAAAUC